UUUAAAAUCAUUUUUCAGAUUAACCUGGUAUUCAUUUGUUCCCAAACGUAAAUUUGGGCAUAUUUACAGAUAUUUUCCUUCACAAUAUUGACGUAAAUAGCCUUCAGUCGUUCUGUUGAAAUUGCAUCACUUUAGGCCAUAAAUUGAACGCCGGUAGGAAAGGUGGCCACAAGGGUCGCACACGGACCUACACAAGUCCCGAGGAGAUCGACGCCCAGAUGAAGGCGGAGGAGGAGAGGAAGACGGCUGAGGAUGAAGGUGCAGCACAGAAUGACAUUACGGAAAAGUUACAAGCAUCAGGAUCAGAUGAUAGUGAUGAUGACAGUUCACAGAGGAAGAGGGUAGGUGUGGAGGGCUUGAUAGAAAUUGAAAAUCCCAACAGAAUCGCUCAGAAGUCCAAGAAGGUGACUCACAUAGAGUUGGACGAGCCCAAGCAAUUGUCGAGGAGAGAGAGAGAAGAGAUUGAGAAGCAGAAAGCAAAGGAACGCUACAUGAAGAUGCAUUUAGCGGGGAAGACGGACCAGGCCAAAGCUGACCUCGCCCGCCUUGCCAUCAUCAAGAAACAGAGAGAGGAAGCGGCGAGAAAGAAAGAAGAAGAGAAGAAAGCAAGAGAAGCAAAAGAAGCAGCAGCGGCAGCCAGGAAAGGGUUAAACUCCCUCUCACUAAAAUGAUGCAGAGUAUUUAUCAGAACCAUUUUACCACCUUUAUAAACUGACAAAAUAUGAAAGGAGACUAUUUAAAAAAAAAAAAAAAUGAUACCAAGAGUAUUGACCAUACUGGUGGUGCAUUUUGGCAUGGGAAAAGAGCCGGAUUGGGAGGGGUGCUCGUGCUUUACAUCCUGUUGGAAUGAAGCUAUGAGCUUUGACAUGAUGUGAAUCCAACUGAUAAUUUUACAAUGUCCACUUUUGGUUUUGGAGGAUUGGCGCUAUGUUUCUUUUGGAUUUUACACUGUACAUAACUGAAUCAUGACAAACUUUCAGAUUGCUAUAAAUGUUAAAACAUUUAUUCCUUCAUUUGGAGUCACCUGGUGUGAAUGUGAUGUCAAUACAGCAGUUGGUGCUUUUGUUGUUUGUUUUUUUUUGUUUUGUUUUUCCAGAAAUGAUAGCUUCUCCGAAGAUAUUGCUUGCCUCUUGCCAUGGCAAAAAAAAAAAAAAGUCCUUUUCCUCUUAUAAGAUAGCAAGCUAGAUCCAGGUCAAGUUAAUUCAUCGAUUACUUUCACUUCAAUUAUGAACAUUUUCGAUGAUUGGAUUACCUUAAAGUCAAAUUUUAAAUUGUAAUUUGUAUAUUCUCACGUGUAACCUUAAAAAUAAACAAUAAAAACCUUACAUCAAAAGUAGUGCAGAAUAAUAAUAAAUAAUAUUUCAGACGUUGAGAGCUGGGAUAGGCUCCAGCAGCCCUGCGACCCUUGUGAGGAUAAGUGGCUAAGAAAAUGGAUGGAUAGCAUUCAUAUUAAGCAGUCAUACUUAGAGGGUUGUUAUUUUUAUUUUAGUUUUUUAAUUUUCUAGUUAGCCUGAUGUGAGGGCCAAAUAUUAGAACAUAUUGUAUUAUAUUGGUUAUUAUUCAUUAUAGUCAUAGUCAUUAUAUUAGUUAGAGUCUCUAUUAUUAUAAUAGAAAUAUACAGUAUGAUGAGUCCAUCCAUUUUCUGAGCCUCUUACCCUCACACGGUGCUUUUAAUAGCACUUCUAAAAGAAAGUAGUGCAAUACAUAACCAUAGUGUAAAUAUGCCCUUCUGAUUGUUGAUCAAAACAGCAGAGGCAAAUAUUUUAUUUCAAUAAUGAGGUCCUGCGUUUAUGACAAAGUUGUAGUGCUGGUAAGAUAACUGAAUGUGUACGUAGAGUAUGUUGGAAUGCAUUGUAGUCUAUAAUUUUGUGAAGUAAUGAAGUACUGUACAUUUAUUGUAAUUACCGGUAAGUGCAUUUUUUGCAGGUUGUUGACUAUCUUCCAGUCUGCUUGAUGGAAAAUCCUAAAUCAUACAGUUAAAGAUGUG